AUGGAUUCUUCAUUCAUGGCCGAGAUCAUGCAGCCCAUUAUCAGCUACAAGUAUUUCCUGUACGCGCGAUUGUUCAAAGCUACUGCCAUCGUUAUCGAUCUUCUAGUUCGUGACGUAUGUCCUGACUCAUUUGGAUUGGACACCUUACCAGUCAUGCUUCAGAAGCUUUCUGCAUUCCUACAUCAAGCGCCAGAAGACUUCGAGGCAUUGAGUUUUAAUCAAGACUUGGUUGGGUUUUUCACGAGCAUUCCCGUAGAUCGGAUUUUGCAGUCUAUUGAUGCCAUCAUCAGUCGGUAUUGUUAUCGUCACGCAUUACAAUUGGCUGAUGUUGUGUUCUCCGUGCUCCUCAAGGAGAAAGAUGUAAACCUCCGAAUCUGGAGAGGCGCGGAAGAUCCUGCGCCGGGUGCGGACGCCACGGAGCCCCCGCCUGAGGCCAAAGAGGCCAGCGUGAACGCGAUGGGCCAGCCGCCUCUGUUGCGGGCUGCACCGGCCUCGUUCACUUCAGCCAUCCUCCAUAUUCUUAAGCAGCCACAGUAUGCGCUUUACAUCAUAAAGCUGGGAAGCUUCAGCAGCACCCUCACCCGUGAGUCAGACCUCCUGCCGGUAAACAUGGCGCAAGCAGACGAGAUGUUCGCCCCGGCGGAGCAGCAGGCCAUCGAAGUGCAGCCGCCCAGCACGCAGGAGCUGAGGCUGAUGUUCAAGGCCUUUGGCGACGCAAAGGAUCGCUGGAAGAUCGAUGGCGCCACCAUGAAGGGCUACUACCUGCACUCGGAGAGUGGCUACCUUUACAUCUGGCACCAAGCCACUGGCAUCCUUUACGAGCACCUGCAAAGCAGCGGCAUGUGCCAGGCCGUUUGGUCGUCGGCCGUCCCACAGCUGAAUGCAGAAAUCUGGACAGUGCUGCCGCUGCCGCCGACAGACCCAGCGAGCAUGCAGGCCAGCAGCGUGGCCAAUGGCGAGCUACCGAACAUCGACGUGUUUGUGAACCUCACAGUUGCGCACGAGGCCGACAAGCAGAUCCCAGAGGAUUUGCUCAAGGCCGGCGGCAUCAAGUCUAUUCAUGGUCUCAGGGACAGCCAGGUUCCUGCGGCCCUCCUGGUCCUCUGGGUGCUUCCCGACCCUGGUCCCCCGGUCUUCCUGGUGCCUCUGGUCCCGAGGUCCUCCGGUCCCGUGGUCCUCUGGUCCCGUGGUCCUCUGGUCUCUUGGUCCUCCGGGUUUUGCUAUCCGGCUUUGCAUGUCAGAUAG